CAAUAUACAAGUUAGUUAUGACAAACUUAAUCUGAAACAUUUGAAAAACCAAUCAAGAAACUAGCCAAUAUUAAAAAUUUGUGUAAGACGAUUAUAUGUUUGAUUAUAGAACUAAGGUAAAUAUACAUACAAUUCAGUACACAUGCUGGGUUUACAAUACUAUAUAGUUAAUACAUACUCGAACGUUGUAAACAAAAAAUUUACACGCACAAAAGGUAGAUACUAUAUACAUUUUGGAGAAAACGAGGACAUAUUCAACAACACGAUGGUUAACAAAGUGGAAGACAUUCUUGCUUCGUUGGGGGAUCCUGGGAGCUAUGCGAAAGUUAUAUUCUUCUUCGUCUCGCUGAAUUAUAUUCCGGUGGCAUUCAACCAUCUCGCCAUGGCUGUCUUCGGAGCUAGGACAACGUUUACCUGUAAAGUUCCCGAAGGAUUUCCUGCUAAUCUCACCAUCAGUCCGACUGGUGAGCCGUGCAAGAUUUUUGCAAACUACAGUUCAUCCAGCAAUGCUACAGAAUCAUGCUCCACUGGCUAUGACUAUAUCCGACAUAGGAAGUACAUGGAUUGGCAGUUAGAAGAGACUAAUAUAGUAAUGAAGUGGGACCUCGUAUGUAGCGAGAAGUACAGAGUAAGCCUAGCAACCUCAAUAUAUUUCGCGGGUGUGAUGUUAGGGGGACUUGCGUUUGGGACGAUAUCUGACCGGAUAGGACGAAAGGCCACGGGAUUGAUUUGUUUGUAUGUACCCGUCCUGCUUGGCGUCAUGGUCUUCUUCGUGGAUAACUACAUACUCUUUGUUAUUCUCAGAUUCUUCAUAGGAUUUUUCAUGCAAGGACUGCAAACGGCUUCGUUCGUGCAUUUCACGGAGUUUUUCCGAAAAGGUACGCAUAGGGCAUACGUUUGUGCCACAAUGGAAGUAGUCUGGUCAAUUGGGGUCAUGCUCCUAGCUGGGAUAACAUUCCUUAUAAGAGACUGGCGAUAUAUUGAACUGGCUAUAUGUCUUCCUCCUCUGAUUGCCUUACCUUAUACAUUCUUUGUACCAGAAUCUCUUCGAUGGUUGAUUGCCAGCAAAAGAUACAAAGAAGCCGAUAAAGUUUUGAGAAAGGCUGCCGAAUUCAAUAAUAUAACUCUAUCAGAAGAUCCACUAGAUUUGAAAAACUACAAUGCAAAAACAGAAGACCCUGCUGAGGGAGAGAAACAUUAUAACGUUUUAGAUAUGUUCAAAACUCCGAAACUCCGACUACGAACCUUUGUCUCCUUUUACGUUUGGAUGGCUACCUCAUUAAUUUAUUACGGACUGUCCCUUAAUGCAUCCGGAUUUGCGGGAAAUAAGUACCUCAACUUUUUUGUCAGUGGAGCAGUAGAGCUCCCAGCCUACGCACUUGGUAUAUUCAUCCUGAGCAGAUUUGGGAGAAGGAUUCCACUUUGUAUUUAUCUACUAAUAGGAGGAGUGGCUCUCAUCAUUGCUGGGACCAUUCCAAAGACCACAACUUCUGGUGGCGUUAUAACUGAUAUCCGAUGGGUUGGCACCAUGCUUGCUUGGAUAGGCAAGUUCAGUGCCGCUGGUUGUUGGAGCGUAUUGUUCUUGUACGGCAGUGAACUUUAUCCUACAGUUAUUAGGAAUGUGGCGGUUGGAGCGUGUGCUUUUUGGGCAAGAGUUGGUAGCCUCAUUGCCCCACAGAUACUCUUAUUGGGUGACUAUUACUUCACAGAGUUGCCUCUGAUAGUAUAUGGCAGCGUUGCCAUAUUAGGAGGCUUUUUGACGCUGCUAUUACCCGAGACUCUGCACUCCAAGUUGCCAGACACCAUUGAAGAAGCUGAAGGUAUCACUAUGAAUGAUAAGGACAAACAUGCACUAGAUAACAGUGCAUACAAACCUGAUGACGAUAAUACUAAAUUCUGAGUGAAUGAUAAAGAUAAAAGCACAUUACAUGACCACUUUUUGUGGGUUUUAAAAGAAAUGGGAAAGAACAUCACAGCUUGAUAUAAUAAGGUGGAUAUGUGGAGAGAAAUCCAACAUUUAUUUAAGUAAUUUGAUACUCUACAUAUUUUUAGGAGGCUCGAUUAAGCAUUGUAAUGAGUUUUUCAAUAUUUAUUUUUUAUAUUGUCAUUGUAUUAUAAACACCUUAAUGGUGUUUAAUCUGAAAUAAAAU